CCUUUUUGCUUCAGGGAGGAGAUUGUGCUGAGAGCUUCAAGGAGUUUAAUGCGAAUAAUAUUAGGGAUACUUUCAGGAUUUUGCUGCAGAUGGGGGCUGUUCUUAUGUUUGGGGGUCAGAUGCCUGUGAUUAAGGUAGGGAGGAUGGCUGGUCAGUUUGCAAAGCCAAGGUCGGACUCAUUCGAGGUGAAGGAUGGGGUGAAGCUUCCAAGCUACAGAGGGGACAACAUCAACGGCGAUGCCUUUGAUGAGAAGUCAAGGACUCCCGAUCCUCAAAGGAUGAUUCGUGCCUACUGCCAGGCUGCUGCAACUCUCAAUCUCCUCCGGGCCUUUGCAACGGGAGGUUAUGCUGCCAUGCAGAGAGUUACUCAGUGGAAUCUCGAUUUCACGGAGCACAGCGAGCAAGGGGACAGAUACCGGGAGUUAGCAAAUCGUGUUGAUGAAGCACUAGGGUUCAUGUCUGCAGCCGGGCUCACAGUUGAUCACCCAAUCAUGACCACCACUGAUUUUUGGACGUCCCAUGAGUGUCUUCUCCUCCCAUAUGAGCAAUCACUCACCCGAGAAGACUCUACCAGUGGCCUCUUCUAUGACUGUUCAGCCCACAUGCUCUGGGUUGGCGAGCGAACUCGGCAACUUGAUGGAGCUCAUGUCGAGUUCCUCCGAGGUGUCGCUAAUCCUUUGGGCAUCAAGGUAAGUGAUAAGAUGGACCCAAAGGAGCUGGUGAAGUUGAUCGAGAUUUUGAACCCACAGAACAAACCAGGAAGAAUCACUAUUAUCACGAGGAUGGGUGCGGAGAACAUGAGAGUGAAAUUGCCUCAUUUGAUCAGAGCAGUUAGAGGAGGCGGGCAGAUUGUUACUUGGGUUAGUGAUCCUAUGCACGGGAACACCAUCAAGGCUCCAUGUGGUCUCAAGACUCGUCCAUUUGAUGCAAUCCGGGCAGAAGUGAGGGCAUUCUUCGAUGUUCAUGAUCAAGAGGGCAGCCACCCUGGCGGUGUCCACCUGGAGAUGACAGGGCAAAAUGUGACUGAGUGUAUCGGUGGGAUCCUGCACUGUGACCUUCGAUGAUCUGAGCUCCCGCUACCACACUCACUGUGACCCAAGGCUGAACGCUUCACAGUCCCUUGAGCUCUCCUUCAUCAUCGCUGAGAGACUUCGUAGGAGGAGGAUCGCCUCUGGUUUUCAGCUGCCACUUAACCCAACCUUCGGGUUUUAAUUUCACUAUUAUUUGAAUAUAUGGAGAGCUUGGGUUUUGGGGGAGUUUUUUUUAUCUGUUAGUUGUUAUAAGUGCGUACACGAGGUUCAGAACUUUAUGUUUGAGAGAGAUAUAUGUAUGUUUUAGUGCGAGCACAGACGUAUGCGUCCGGGCAUCGGAAAUAUAAUAAAAUCAGCAUUAGAGAAUGUUUUAAGAGUUA